GUCGCCGCUGAAACUCCUCCAUUAUGUCUCUGUUCAUCACUCUUGUAAAUAAAGCUUUGGUAGGACGCGUGGGUGAUAGUUCUAGAAGGAGGGUCUGAUUCGCUAAAGUAGCACUACCUUCUUUUAAAGGGUCAUUUUAAAAACACUGAGUUGUACUUAUUUUUGUAUCUAUAUUUAAUAUUACGGGUAACUAGUAAACCCCUGAAAACAUGGCAGAAAGUGACUGGGAUACCGUGACUGUCUUGAGGAAGAAGGGGCCGACUGCUGCCCAGGCCAAAUCUAAGCAGGCAAUCACUGCUGCUCAGAGACGUGGGCACGAUGUUGAGACAUCCAAGAAAUGGUCUGCAGGGCAGAACAAACAGCAUCUUGUGACAAAGAACACAUCCAAACUGGACCGGGAGACAGAGGAGCUGCACCAUGACAGGGUUCCCUUAGAGGUGGGCAAGUACAUUCAGCAAGGCAGACAGGAGAAAGGUCUGACCCAGAAAGACCUGGCCACUAAAAUUAAUGAGAAGCCUCAAGUCAUCGCGGACUACGAGUGUGGGAAAGCAAUUCCCAACAACCAGGUCUUGGGCAAGAUAGAGAGAGCAAUCGGGUUGAAACUGCGUGGGAGGGAUAUUGGCCUACCCCUGGAGCCAAAAACCAAGAAUAAAUGAACACAAAGCCUCGAAAUCAGCCCUCCCCAAGUCCCCCCUUUCCCUGUUUCUGAAACCAGAACUCUUUCCCCACCCCUCUUCCAACAAUCUCCAAAAACUCUCCUCCUCUCCCUCCUUCCCUCCCUCCUUCCUUCCUUCCCUCCUUCCCUCCCUCCCUCUACCUGGGCUGAUCUCACCUGUGUCCUGCCUGAGGACCUGGUGCUCUACUACAUUACAGGCUGCAUACUGAAACUGUUUCUUGACCACGUAAUGAAAUGAAUGAACGUAUUUUUUCAACGUCACAAACUCGGAAGUUCUGUGAAUCUUCUUUUCACCUAUGUCUGCUUAGGCUUUGGCAUGAUAAAUUCAACUUUUUGAUAGUAAUGUAAACUUAAAAAGUAGAAUUAUUUUUCAUGACCAAACCAACUAGUCUGACUUAGUUGGCUUAAUUCUAAGCAUGAUGUUAAGCCAAAAGUGCUUGAUUGCAUCUCUUUCACACACUUGAGCCAGUGGGUGGAUGUCAUUACAGUGUUAAUGUUUUAAUGCUGUGCUUUGUUAUGAUUUUAACAAAUAAAGUUGGGCAGUUCAUUACA